AUGGCUAAGUUCUUGAAAGCUGGUAAAGUUGCUGUCGUUGUUCGCGGUCGUUACGCCGGUAAGAAGGUCGUGAUCGUCAAGCCUCACGAUGAGGGCUCCAAGGCCCACCCAUUCGGCCACGCCUUGGUUGCCGGUAUCGAAAGAUACCCAUUGAAGGUCACCAAGAGACAAGGUGCCAAGAAGGUUGCCAAGAGAACCAGAAUCAAGCCUUUCAUCAAGGUCAUCAACUACAACCACUUGUUGCCAACCAGAUACACUUUGGACGUUGAAGGUUUCAAGUCCGUGGUCUCCACCGAAACUUUCGAAGAGCCCUCUCAACGCGAGGAAGCCAAGAAGGUUAUCAAGAAGGCCUUCGAGGAAAGACACCAAGCCGGUAAGAACCAAUGGUUUUUCACCAAGUUGAACUUCUAA